CUAAGCCCCGCCCCUCCGGGGCGGAGUCACGGCUCGCGACUGGCCUAAAUCGCCGCAGAACUGCCACGUGGGGAUGAGAUUUACCGGGCAGGUAGCGGCGGCGGCUGCGGGAGGUCCCGCCCACGUGAAGCCAACCUAACUGAGCUCUGGACUUUGGGGACAGUUGUCAGCGGCCUAGGCCGCAGGACACCAUGAAGCAGUUGCCAGUCUUGGAACCUGGAGACAAGCCCAGGAAAGCAACAUGGUACACCUUGACUCUCCCUGGUGACAGCCCCUGUGCUCGAGUUGGCCACAGCUGUUCAUAUUUACCCCCAGUUGGUAAUGCCAAGAGAGGGAAGGUCUUCAUCGUUGGCGGAGCAAAUCCAAACAGGAGCUUCUCAGACGUGCACGCCAUGGAUCUGGGAAAACACCAGUGGGACUUAGUUACCUGCAAGGGCCUCUUGCCCCGCUAUGAACAUGCUAGCUUCAUUCCCUCCUGCACAUCUGACCAUAUCUGGGUAUUUGGAGGUGCCAACCAAUCAGGAAAUCGAAAUUGUCUACAAGUCCUGAAUCCUGAAACCAAGAUGUGGACCACGCCAGAAGUGACCAGCCCCCCACCAUCCCCAAGAACAUUCCACACAUCAUCCGCAGCCAUUGGAAACCAGCUGUAUGUCUUUGGGGGCGGAGAGAGAGGUGCCCAGCCUGUGCAGGACACGAAGCUGCACGUGUUUGACGCAAGUAUGGACUGGAACUACUUGUUGACUGUUUUUCUGGCCUACCCAAGUAGUUCUCUAAAUCUGAAAUCCAGUGAUAGCUUGCCUUAUUUAAAUGCUUGUAACAUGAAAUGGCAGAAGCUAAGUCCCACUGGGGCAGCUCCAGCAGGCUGUGCUGCCCACUCAGCUGUGGCUGUGGGAAAUCACCUGUACGUCUUUGGUGGAAUGACUCCUGCAGGAGCACUGGACACAAUGUACCAGUAUCACACAGAAAGGCAGCAUUGGACCUUGCUUAAAUUUGAUUCUUUUCUACCCCCUGGACGAUUGGACCAUUCCAUGUGUAUCAUUCCAUGGCCAGUGACGUGUGCUUCUGAGAAAGAAGAUUCCAACUCUCUCACUCUGAACCAUGAAGCUGAGAAAAGGGAUUCAGCUGACAAAGUAAUGAGCCACAGUGGCGACUCACAUGAGGAAGGCCAGACUGAUACACUGCUCUGUUUGGUGUUCGGUGGGAUGAAUACAGAAGGGGAAAUCUAUGAUGAUUGUAUUGUGACUAUAGUUGACUAAUAAAACCCACAUUUUUAUUACCUGUCA